AUGUUGCCAUGUGUCUGCUGGCUUCAACCUAUCCUCAUCUUGCUGUCCUCUGUUUUUUGGACCCUGGGGGAAAACUGCCCAACGACUUGCCAGUGCCCAGAUCCUCACACUGUGGACUGCAGCGGCCGUGGGUUGACACGUCUUCCUGAGGAGAUUCCCUUGGAUGUUCGAAGGCUUCUGCUAGCUGACAAUUGGAUACCCCGCAUCCCCUCAGAUUUUCUGGUUCUGUACAGUGACUUGGUCUACUUGGACCUCCGGAACAACACCCUGUCCUACAUAGAACCUGGGACCCUGAGCACCUCUUCAAGACUGGUCUUCCUUGACCUGGGUAGCAACAAUUUGACUGAAAUCCCCAAGGGGACUUUUGGGGAAACACGCAGCUUGAUCAAACUAAAACUGGGUAACAAUCCAUAUUUGAGCAUGGUGAAUGAAGAUGCUUUCCUGGGCCUCACUUCUUUGCGAGAACUUGAAUUGGAACGUAAUGCACUCUCUACCCUAAAAGUGGGGGCUUUAAAUCAGUUGCCCUCCUUACGUGUGGUGAGACUAGAGGGCAACCCCUGGGUAUGCAAUUGCAACUUUGCCAGCCUGUUUGAAUGGCUAAUCGAGAACAGUCACAAGCUUCCAAAUGGUGUGGAGGGCAUGGAGUGCUCCCUGCCUAUGGAUGGCAGACGUGUCUCCCUGACCCAUCUCUCUAAGGACAGCUUUCGCGAGUGCCAGGCCACCCUGACUCUAACAGACCUGCUCAUCAUCAUUUUCUCUGGCAUCUCUGUGUCUGUGGUGGCCAUUAUGACCAGCUUCUUUCUGGCAUCCACUGUUCAUUGCUUCCAGCGCUGGAGUAAAGGAGCCAAGGGGGACGAGGAGGACAGCGAGGAGUGA